UGCGUGAUGACGUCAUGCGGCGGAAGCGGAAACGCGCGUCCUCUUUUCCGAUUGUGCUCGCGACGCAGCGGCACAUGUGCGAGUGAAAUCAUAGUAAUCGAUCAAAAUGCGCAUCGAGAAGUGUUAUUUCUGCUCGGCUCCGGUUUAUCCGGGACACGGGAUGAUGUUUGUGCGCAACGACUGUAAGGUCUUCAGGUUCUGCCGGUCCAAAUGCCACAAAAACUUCAAGAAGAAGCGAAACCCAAGAAAGACCAGAUGGACCAAAGCGUUCAGGAAGUCAGCGGGCAAAGAGCUGACAGUGGAUAACUCACUGGAGUUUGAGAAGCGCAGAAAUAUUCCUGUCAAAUACAACAGAGAGCUCUGGAGCAAGACCAUGGAGGCCAUGAAGAAGGUUGAAGCCAUCAAAAACAAACGGCAGGCGCGCUUCAUCAUGAACAGGUUGAAGAAGGGCAAAGAGCUGGACGAUGCAGCAAAUAUCAGUGAAGUCAAGAAGAACAUUCACCUCAUCAGAGCUCCACACGCAGGUCAAGCCAAACAGCUGGAGGACAAGAUGGUCCAGAAGCUGGCCGAAGACGUGGAGAUGGACGAGUGAAGCGAAGAAAACGCUUCUCAUUUGGACUUUCACUGUUGUGUGUCACAGAAGUGUAGAGAAUUGAGCAUGUGGUCACUCCUGAUCUGCAUAAACAUGAGUAUUGAUCAGAAUCCAGCGUGUCCACGGGACGGGGUCAGACGUUUCUCCAGGAUUAAUCCACUUUAAAAUUUCCUUCCUGUUGCUCUAGCGGCUGAAUAUUAUUUUGGGUUUAUAAAGUGUUAAUAUUAUGUGUUGUGAUAACUAUCCAAGCACCUCAUAAUUCUAAUAAAAAACUUCAACUAC